CUCUCUCUCUCUCUAGAAAAUUCUGAUGGCGCCCAAGGCAGAGAACAAGCCAGCGGAGAAGAAGCCAACGGAGGAAAAGAAGACCUCGGCGGCCGAGAAGGCCCCGGCGGAGAAGAAGCCCAAGGCCGGGAAGAAGCUCCCCAAGGACGCCUCCGCCGCGGCAGCCGGAGACAAGAAGAAGAAGAAGUUGAACAAGAGGGUGGAGACGUACAAGAUCUACAUCUUCAAGGUGCUGAAGCAGGUGCACCCCGACAUCGGGAUCUCGAGCAAGGCCAUGGGGAUCAUGAACAGCUUCAUUAACGAUAUCUUCGAGAAGCUCGCCCAGGAGGCGUCGAGGCUGGCGAGGUACAACAAGAAGCCGACGAUUACGUCCAGGGAGAUCCAGGGAGACGAGGGAGGGCUGCAGUAG